AUGAUAUCAAAAGACGAAUAUACAUGUUCCAUUUGUCUUGGAGUUUUCGUAGAUCCUUGCAAAUUGAAAUGUAAUCAUGUAUUUUGCCAUUCUUGUCUGUUGGACCUGAUUGACUUUAAUAACAUUAAAUACAAGUGUCCAAUGUGCAGAGUAGAAUUCGUUAACAAAGAGAACCCUUUGUCUAUAGAUGAAGAAUUGUAAAAUAUUGUUAAGGAAAACUUUCCUAAUUAAUACUAAUAAAGAUUAGAAGAGUUAAAGAAUAUUUAAUCUUUGCUUCCAAACGAAUUAAAAAUCGAAGUGAAUUAUGGAAAUUACUAUAAAUUUGAGGAUGAUGAAGAUGAUGGAUUAUAACAUUAAUGGACUGCGCAUGUUAGUUUAGAUUAUACAAAAAAAUCUGAUAAAAUUGCGUUGAAAGAUUUGGAUUUGAAUAGUUUAAUUAAGAAUGUGACCUUUUAGCUCGAUGAAACAUUCUUUCCUGAUGUCAUUACAGUUCGUUAACCUCCCUAUUUACUAACAAGAUGGGGAUGGGAUGUUUUUACAAUUCCAAUAAAAAUCAAGUUUAAGAAAGAGCAUAAGAUUGAACCAAUUGAAUUUGAACAUCAUUUGGUUUUUGAAGGUGAUGGAGUAGAGAAACGUUAGAUUGUAAAGAUCGACAUUAGCAAUUUAACUUAAUUUUAGGAAUUGAAAUAGUAUUCUUAGUAAUAGUAAAUAUAAUAAUAAUGA